AUGAAACCAACUACAACUUCACCUUCAUCUUCACCACCUCUGACCAAAUUUAACAAAAAUCUAGAAUCAUGUAAUCAUAAACAACAUCCAAAAGAUCAAGUGUUGACCACCCCUAAAUAUAUUUUGCUGUUCGACCAUAUGAUGUCAAUAAGCAGUGGAAACAAUAGCGGAAACUACACUUCUUCUUCGUUGUCUACUCCUUAUAACUACCAUGUUACUGAACUCCACCAUGAGCGCACCACAGAGAACUACAGUCCCUUUACUUUCAACAGCAACUCUGAAUAUCAAUUACAUUUAAAACAACAGCAACAACAACAAUUGUAUCAGAAACAACUGCAGCAACAACAACAGCAACAACUCCAACAACAAUAUUAUCAACUACAACAACUCCAACAGCAACAGCAACAACUCCAACAACAAUCACAAUCACCAUCACAUCCUUUAAAAAGACAACCUUCACUGCCAAUCUUUACAAGUUCAUCAUCGUCGUCAGCGUCGUCCUCGGCUUCUUCAUCAUUUUCAACAUCAUCAAAAACACCCACAAGAAAUAUACCAAUCCAACUACAACAACAAUCACUUUCAUCACAACCUGUAUCUUCAUCAGCAUCAUCAUCAUCAUCAGCAAAAAAUAGUAAUAGCAAACGAUCGUCUUCGACAACAACAACACCCAAAUCUAAACUGACACACUCAAAGAGUGUAUGUUCAUUAAGCAACACAGCCAAUAACACACCGAUUCAUCUGAACAGCAAUAUCUAUUCAACAUCAAUGUCAGCUCCACCGUUCAUUCCAACUACUAACCAAGCACCGUUACAAUCGUCGUCAUCCGCUCCGUCCUCUCGUCAGAAAAUAAGAAAAGCACCGUCUUUUAGUGGAUAUCCUAACCACAACAGUUCUGAAACCACCAAAGUUUUCGAUUAUAAAUUUAUUAUGGAGCAAUCAAAUGCCAAAGAACCUUGUAAUGUUGUUGCACUAGAGUUACCAAAUUCCAAAAUACAAAAAGUGAAUAGUAAUAGAUUUGAACUAUUCGAUAAAUUAAAUUAUCUUGAUUUAAAUAAUAACAUUGUACAAUUCAAUUCACUAUCCAUUUUCCCAAAUCUUAAUGAGUUAUAUCUCUCGAAUAAUUUCAUUCAAAAUCUUGAUCAUAAUGGAUUCUUUAAUUUAACUAAAUUAGAUUUAUCACAUAAUCUUAUUGAUUCAAAUCAUGUUUCCGGUUUGAUGAAAAUUCCAAAGCUAGUUUGUCUGAAUCUUUCGUUUAAUAAUAUCAAAACACUUCCUGAAUCGCUGGCAGAGUUUGUCUCACUGGAAACUCUUAAUCUCGAAUACAAUCAUUUGGGUCAAAAAAAUACAAUGGAAUCAUUAUCAACCAUUCCAAAUCAGAUUAUAAUGUUAUUGAAGCAACAUCAACAGCAACAACAACUCAAACAGCAGCAACAGCAACAACAACAAAUGAUGAAUACGUUCACCUAUCCACCAAAAGAUAAGAAAAAACAACCAACUUCACCUACACCAAUGUUCAAUAGCAACAGCAGCAACAACAAUAGUCAUUUGAGUUUAUCAACAGGAAAGAUCUCGUCGUCUACAUCGUAUGCGUCGUUGCAACAACACUUACCUUACACAGUUGAUAGUAACAACAAUGGCAACAAUAAUAAUAGCAGCUACUAUUAUCAUUCACCAAAACUAAACGCAUCAGAGCCAAUCUUUUAUCGCCACCAAUACCACUCAGACUCUGAGUUUGGAUAUGAACCAUUUACGCCAUACAAACCACCUAAUCCACAACAACAACAACAACAACAACAACAACAACAACCAAACACAAGUUUCGAACAGCCAAUAUUUUAUUUAAAUCAACAGCAACAACACACUGAUAUUGGAGAUAAUGAUAGUCAUUACAAUGACAUCGUUAGUAAUCAUAUCGAACACAAUAUUUUGAAUAACACAACAAUUAUUACCCCAACCAAGAAUAAUCAAACGAACAACAACAAUAAUAACAACUUAUCAAAUGAAUUAAACAACAGUAGCAAUUAUAAUAAUAGUAUAGAUGAAUUUGUACAAACAUCACUUUCACAGUUGCAAUUAAACCAACAGUCACAACAAGAAGAAGAACAAGACAUCACACAGCUAGGUUUAUACAAUCAAGAUCUUGAGGAAGAAGAUUUCAUCAAUGAACAAGAGGAAAUGGAGUUCUACAAGAAUGUUGCGGAGCCAUCAUACUUUAAAAACAAUGUUACCAAUGAAUUGAUACUUCACAUUAACAAUAAUUGA